CGAUCUUAUCAGCUGCGAUGUCCGCAAAACGUUGUCAAAACGGAGAACACUGAACAACCAAGUCUGUACAUGAAAGAACUGGGUGGCAGAGUCAUUGCCCAAGCAUGAGUGCCGCGGUUUACGUUUUGUCCACGGUGACUGGAUAUGUUCUCACCUCUGCUUUACUACUGAAAUGUCCGUCACUUCUGCAUCGAAAGAAGCGGGUUGCUUUUCGCAGCAGACAUAUAUCGCAUCGCGGUGGUGCUGGGGAAAACCUGGAGAAUACCAUGGCAGCCUUUAAACAUGCAGUACUUCUCGGCACCGACAUGUUGGAGCUGGAUUGUCAUCUAACUAAAGAUGAAGAGGUGGUGGUGUUACAUGACUCUAACCUGAAAAGGUCGACUGGUGUGAGCGCCUACAUCUCAGACCUGACAUAUGCUGAACUCCCACCUUAUUUAUGCAGGCUUGGAGUGACUUUUCAGAAAGAAUGCUACUGUGAAGGAGGAGAGGAUAAACAAAUACCACUACUGAGGGAUGUUUUUGAGGCUUUCCCCAAAACCCCCAUCAACAUUGACAUCAAAGUAGACAAUGACAUCCUUAUUAAGAAGGUCUCAGAUUUGGUGAUUAAAUAUGACAGAGAAGAUCUGACAGUUUGGGGAAAUUCUAGUAACAAGAUUGUUCAGAAGUGCUACAAAGAGAAUCCACGUAUCCCAGUCUUGUUUAGUAUGCCACGAGUGCUGCUGUUGCUGGGGCUGUUCUACACAGGCCUGCUGCCCUUCGUUCCCCUUAAGGAGCAGUUUCUGGAGAUCCCCAUGCCCUCCAUCAUCACCAAACUGAGAGACCCUGACCGUAUGACCAGGAGCCAGCGUUUCAUAACUUGGUUGGCAGACAUCUUGCUAAUGAGAAAAUCCCUGUUUGAUCACCUAACGGCCAGGGGGGUACAGGUAUAUUUAUGGGUACUGAAUGAUGAGGAGGAUUUCAGACGUGCUUUCGACCUCGGUGCCACAGGAAUCAUGACGGACUUCCCAACCAAGCUGAAGGAGUUCAUGGAGAAACAGAACACUCCUAAAUCCAACUGAACUGCCAAACCGUCCUGCGUCGCCAGUCAGUCUUUAAAACAACACUCGCUGUCUGGCUCUCAACAGGGCAUUCACCCACACUUUAACCAUAGGUGUGAAAGCUUAAGUGGCUGCUAAGGAUAUGAUGGCCUUUUUUUGUUUUUGUUUUUUUUGUUUUUUUUUAGAUCAGUAGCUGUGACAGAAUCCAUAAGCUACUAAAGAUAUGCACAACAAGCUGGAGAAAAUUGCCGGCCUAUGAAAAAAAAGGUUCAGAAGUUUGAUUACAUUUGAUUGCAUGGUAUUUUGGGAAAAUCUUUUUCAUUGAAUCGAAUUUCUCCAGUACUCCACAGACUGUAUUUUAAUACAGGUGUUUUUAGAACAGUGUUAUUCUUUACCUUUUGAUUAAGUUUACAACUCUAUGCUUGUGUCUACUGGCACAAAGAAGAGCGGAGUGCUCUCUUUAAUGAUUAAGACAUUUAAUAAUUUUGUAAUUACUUGGAAAUCGGAACUCCCAACUUAAUUGCACAGCCUUUGUUGAGUCAGUUACGAAUGGAAAAACUGCAGUAUUGUGUAUGUUUUACUUGUUACAGAGGCAAUAAAUAACUGCUGUGGGAGGCAUUAGCAUGAAUGUAGGCUGGAAGAACCACCCGAAUGUUAUUGUUGGAGUAUGAUUGUUGACCACUAUGUGUUGUGAUGUACUUCUCUGUGUGUUUGCUCCAUGGUGUACAAAAAGGCCUUAUUCUGUAAUGAGACUUUUAAAAAUAUCUUGCCAGUUACUUGAGGUUGGUUUGGAUCGUCUGCAAAAUGCAGAUGCCUUUAUUUUUUUGUUAUUUAAAUUGUUUUAGAACAUAACACUGACAUAAUACUUUGCAGUUUGGCCUCUGCAUUAUCAAACAUACUGCCUGAAAUAGCAUUAAGCAUGAACCCCCGAGACAAGUGUUCUGCACCAUGUUUUUGCAAUAUUCUUUAAUAUGUACCAUUCAGUCUUUGGUGAUUUAGUAAUAUUGUGUGGCCAGAUGUUGAACUGUUGAAUUCAAUCUGCUGUUCAUUGUCUGGCUAUGUGGGACUAAUACUACAGAGUUAGCCUGUGAGGCACCUCUAAGGGACAAAACACUUGUACAGUAUUGCCUGUGGAUGGGUUUAAGUAUUACUGUGUAUUAGUGAUAGCUACACACUGUUAAUUAAGUUCUUUAAUGAUGUCCACAUUGUCAGUUGCACUCAUGUGAGACACAUUACGAAAUGGCUUUUUAAAACCACAUAGGCCUGGGAGAAUGUCUGCUAGUUACAGACCAGUUCUUACCAUGACUUUGUUAAUGAACCAUAGAAUAUCAUAAACAUUCCAGUCCCCCUAAAAACUCCUGUCAAUCGAAUGGCAACCACGUGACUAGAUUUUGAUAUCCAUGAAGUGUUCAAAAGCAGAGCUGAACUAAGAUUGAAUCAACAACACUUA